AUUAGCUCACAAAACAAGUCAAUAUUAAAUAUUAAAAUACAAAGCAGAUACAAUAAUAUAACCAAACUGUAACUCUAAAUAUGUGGGCAUAACAUGACAAAAUUUUAUUUGCUGAAGUAUACAGAGAAAGAAAAAUAUUUAAAAUCCAAUUUCAACAAUUAAACACACCAAAAAGUCAGUUUAACAAAAUUUGAAAUUAGGUAACAGAUUUUUUUGCUAACGUAGAAUUAAUCUUUGGAUUUCUUUCCGAAAUUCAAGAAUCCGACUAAAAAAAUGUCCAAGGAAGAAUGAUCCUUAUGCAGGUUAUCGUAUAGACGACACAUUUUGUGAUUAAAUUAUAAAAGGACGUGUUGUUUUUAUAAACUUGCUAAGGAAAUACCCUAUGGGUGAGAUUACGCGAUCUAAAUCUAAUAUUAAAACUAAGCGUUGAGGCACGGUAAUAUCCGUGGUUGAGGUAAGAAACGGUGAGUCGAGGAGUAAGUGUACGAUUUUAUAAUGGUAAAUUAACUGGUGAUAUUUGCGCCGGGAUAGCUACACCACCACCCCCCUCUCCCUUUCUUACAAAAGUAUUAUCACGAUCUCUCCAAAAACUACAUAUCUAGAGUCAAAAACUCAGCAUCGCCGACUCUCGCAUUAAGGUUCGUUUGUUGCAGCAUUACCACUUUGAAUGGCAAGGCUGAUCCGUUGACCAAUUUUUUUAUUAAAUUAAAACAUUGCCAAUUUCAUUGAAUAAAUAUAACUGUAUUACUUCAAGCCAUUUCUCUUUACAGAGCCAGAAAAUCAAAAUUAAAUUAGUUUACCAUUACCAUAAGUAGUUUUUGAAGCAACACGAGGUUAAGUCUAUAAUAGAUAACUUCUACUUUGACUAUGGUUAACUGACAAGACUUAUAUCAGAAAUUUAUUUCUCAUUAUAAUUUACAUAAAUUAUUGUAUAAUAUGUAUAAUAAUAACUUGGGCUUUGAUACACAGCUACUAAAUAUUAUGGUUAACUGAAAAGACUUAAUCAAAACUUUAUUUCUCAUAAUAAUUUCCAUUAAAUACUUAUAUUAUAUUAUUGUAAUGUAUUAUGUCAUAACUUGGAGCUAGGCUAAUUGGUGUAAGUGAAAGAAAGAGGAAUAAUUUAAGUGUUUGUAAUAUGUAACAAAGAAACUAAAAACCACUUGGCUGAUUUCAAAAAUUCUUCCACCAUUGGAAACCUCUAUUAUUUCUGGGUUUGUCGCCCAGGAAUACUUUUAUGUUUUAUCGGGGGCCUAGGCAAGGAAUUUUUAACAGCUCCGUAACGUAUCGCAUCCUCAAAGUUUCUAAGAAAACUAAGCACGCACGCACCUAAAAACAAACUAGAUUUCUUCAUUUAACGAUGACGAUACGUUACAAAGCUGACAAGAAAAUCGUAUUUGGGCCCUUAGAUGCUCUAAGGCUUCUUGGGCCUCAGAUCGCUAGUAACAUUAUAAUGAACGGUUACUUUUCCAUUGUUGCAGCGAGCGGUGCGCUCGCAGCCGGCACCAUUGCGUCUCCGUGGAGCACGCCGGCCGGCGCGCCCGACACCAACGGCUCGGGCGGCGCCGACGCCAAGCAUCUGGACGUCGGCGAUGCGAGCGACGACGAGAAGGAUCUCUCUGCAGCUGACGCAGAGGGAGUAUGGAGUCCAGAUAUCGAGCAGAGCUUCCAAGAAGCGCUGGCUAUCUAUCCCCCUUGCGGCAGACGCAAGAUCAUUCUCUCAGACGAGGGCAAGAUGUACGGAAGGAACGAAUUAAUAGCAAGGUAUAUUAAAUUACGGACAGGCAAGACUCGCACAAGAAAACAGGUUUCAUCGCACAUACAGGUGUUGGCGAGACGGAAAUUAAGAGAAAUACAGGCCAAACUCAAAGUGCAAUUUUGGCAGCCCGGCUUACAAGCAGGGACAUCGCAAGAUGUGAAGCCGUUCCCUGGCGCGGGGUACAAAGGCGUUGGUGUCGGCGUGGGUGGCGUAGGUGGCGUCGGUGGCGUGGGGGGCGCGGACGUGGCGCCGCCGCCACCGUGGGAGGGCCGCGCCAUCGCCACGCACAAGCUGCGGCUCGUCGAGUUCUCCGCCUUCGUGGAACACCCGCGGGACCCGGACACGUAUCCACCGAGUGCUGCACCGGCGCAACAUUUAUUCGUACAUAUAGGUGGUACCGUCACAUACGCCGAUCCGUUACUAGAGUCGGUAGACGUACAACAAAUAAACGAUAAGUUCCCUGAGAAGAAAGGAGGGCUCAAAGAGCUGUACGAGAAAGGUCCUAGGAAUGCGUUCUUCUUGGUGAAGUUCUGGGCGGACCUCAACACAAACAACCUGGACGACCCCGGUGCUUUCUAUGGGGUCACUAGUGUAUACGAAAGCAACGAGAACAUGACGAUAACGUGCAGCACGAAGGUGUGCUCGUUCGGCAAACAAGUCGUAGAGAAGGUGGAGACGGAGUACGCGCGGUUCGAGAGCGGCCGCUUCGUGUAUCGCAUCCACCGCUCGCCCAUGUGCGAGUACAUGGUCAACUUCAUACACAAGCUGAAGCACUUGCCCGAGAAGUACAUGAUGAACAGCGUGCUGGAGAACUUCACCAUACUGCAGGUGGUAUCUAACAGGGACACUCAGGAGACGUUGUUGUGCGCCGCGUUCGUAUUCGAGGUGUCGAACAGCGAGCACGGAGCUCAGCACCACAUCUACAGGCUCGUUAAAGACUGA